CAUAAUUCCAUUUACCCGAAACCCUAAUCCCCAAUUUCUCUUUCAAGUUUUCGAUCACGAUCUCUGGAAAAUUAAGAGAGAAAUUCAAAAACUUCGGGAGUUCAAAGUCUCAUUCAGACAUUCCAGAAGGUAUUCUAGUCGACUGAGUAAACAAUCAUGAGAAUCAGAAAAGGAAGUAGAGUUGAGGUAUUUAGCAACAAAGAGGCGCCUUAUGGUGCGUGGCGAUGUGCUGAGAUUGUCUCGGGUAAUGGACAUACCUACAAUGUUAGAUUUUACUCUUUCCAAAUUGAACACGAGGAGGCAGUUAUGGAGAAAGUUCCAAGGAAGAUAAUUAGGCCUUGUCCUCCACUUGUGGAUGUUGAGAGAUGGGAUACUGGUGAAUUGGUGGAAGUUCUUGAUAAUUUUUCCUGGAAAGCUGCCACAGUUCGAGAGGAGUUAUCUGGACAUUACUAUGUGGUUCGCUUACUUGGGACUCCAGAAGAACUCACAUUUCACAAAGUUAACCUCAGGGCCCGAAAGUCGUGGCAAGAUGAGAGAUGGGUUGCAAUUGGAAAGAUAUCUGGUUCUCUGAAGUCAUCCACACUGACUGGAUCAGACGUACAUCAGAAGCUACAGCCCCACAGGAACAGCAUGCCUCUCCACGAGCCUAGCGUGGUCUCUGCUAGAUUGUUAAAGAGGCCGUCACCUUACAACUGGUCUGAAUGUGCUGAAUCAUGUACAGGAAACCCUAAGAAGAUGCGUUCAUUGGAAAAAGAAGGACAGCAGCAAAAGGUAGAUGCCAUUUCUUGCCGACCAGAAAACAGGGGUGGUAAAUCUCACGUGCAAGCUUCCUUAAACAAUCACAAAACUGGUUACUGUCAAAUUGUCAGGGUAAGAUCAAAAGGGUUUAGUGAGAGUGUUCGUGCUGAUGAUUGUUCUGAUAGCGAUGUAUGCUCAGUUGGUAGUUGUAGUGCUACUAGUUAUGAUGAGAGUAACAUGCCACCUUGUAUGCUAGAUGGCUCUACUCAACAGGCAGACUCAUGUAGCAGCGAUGCUGAAUCUUCUUGUGGCCUGGGGGAAGAACCAAGGUGGAAACAUUCAUCAGUUGGUGAUGGAGCAAGAAAUUCUUGUAGGUCGGAACUAUAUUCUUACCGCAGUACUCUGGGGGAAUUAUUUUCUUCUGGUCCCCUAAGUUGGGAGCAAGAAGCAUCAUUAACUGAUCUUCGUCUUUCUCUUAAUAUAUCAGAUGAUGAACAUUUGAUGGAGGAACAAUGUUGCCUUAUCCGGGCAUGCAGACCUUUUGCUUCUAGAGGUCUAACUCUGAUGCUGGGGUUUACACCUUCUCCCUUGACCAUCUGAGUGGUGCAAUACCAUACCUGUUCUCCCUCAAAACAUAACUGACUUCUAUGCCAUUUUUAUUUUGUCGCUAUCUUGAUAUUGCGGCUUGUUUCAGGGGCUUCUUUCAGGUGUCCUGGAGUCUACUUUGUCCACAGGGACUGAAUGCUGUGGUUUGAGCAGGCUUCCUUAUUUGCAGUCUGGUUGGAUAAUUUUGCUGACAUCAUGUCAAGUUCUGAGUAAUAUUUCUUUACACUUUUUCGUUCACUCGAUAUAUGUUGCGGUGCUAUCUUUUGUGGUGUUGUGUCUCCUCUGGUUGCUUUCUUAGAAGUGCAUGAUGUAGAUGCUACCAUAUUUUUACUAUUACUAGCUCUCUAAGCCUAAUACGUUUAGAUGUAGAACACAACGUUGUUUCAGUUACAUUGGUUCUAUUUUCGGUGUUUUUUCCAGACGCAUAGCCUAUUGAUGCUUAUUCUUUCUGGAAAUAAGUGUUGUGGCCUACUGAGAGGUAAGUGUGCAAUGGCAUGAAUGGGGUUAAUGUAAUAGAUGCUCAUCCAGAAAAUGUGUUUGUGAUCGGUGUUGAUUCGUUAUUCUGAUUUGUUCUCAUGACUUACUUUCAUGGAAAAUUAUCGAGAUGAACGGGAACACAUGCCUGCUUUCUUACUUAGUUUGUCGCAUGUGCAUUGUGAUCGGAGAUUGUCCAAGCUCACUCUUCAGAUGUCUCCAGCAAAGGUAGGUUGUUUGCAUGGCAGUAUGAAACUCUGAAGCAGAAUCCAUUAAUUUUCACAAAGGUAUGGAUCCUUUUGAAAGAUGUGUCGUGGUUCUUCAAAGUUUAACAUGUUUUUCUUGAGUAGUUUGCUUGCUUAUAGAAUCAAAACGAGUUUCGUAUCUUC